AUGACCGCGAAAUGUAGACCAAGUGUUCCUGAGGAUAGAGCCAUACUUCCUCGUAUGCCAUCAGAAGACCACCAAAAGAACAUCCAGAUGGGUGCCACUUUGGCCGGCAUCACUACAAAACGAACAGAGGAUGAAAAGAAAGGCCCACUGCUCAACAACGAUUUUGACCCCGUGAAAAACCUCUUGAAGAUGCUGUCGAAGGAAAAGGGAGACCGAACUCUACACCAAGGAGCCGAAGGCGGUCAAGAAGGGAAACAAUUUCAACCGGAGUUUGCUCCGUUGCUAGGGAUGAUGGGCGUGCCCGCGUUGUCGCGCAAUUCGGAUCGCAUCAAUGCUAAGGACAUCAUGCUGAAUGCUGUCUUGAAGAACAAAUCGGCCGUGAAGAUGUUACCCAUGUUGAUGUCGCUCUUGAGAAAACCCUCAUGAGCUCAACGUCCUUCAGUCUGUGAAGGCCUUUAUUUCUUAAGGGUAGUUUCACACAUCAGCAGACACUAUAAAUAGGGGAAGAAAGGAGAAUUUCUCAUCAACUGUUACAAAUAAGGAACUUACACGUUUUUUGGCCACGCUUUCUCAACAGAACAAUAGUCUUGAUAUCAAAUGAUAACUAAUUUUUCUUCUUCUUCUUCUUCUUCUUCUUCUUCGUUAUCUCAUCCUCCUUGU